AUGGAAACUAACAAGGAAAUUGAAUUAAAGGAUAACAAUGAUUUGGAUAUACCGAGAUUAAAUAAAUAUUAUCGCAGUGCUUGGAGGUCGUUAGAGUUGGAUAAUUCAAAGCUCGAUCAACGUUGUGACUUUCUUCAAAAUAAAUUUAAAAAUGAUAACUCCUUUGAUAAAAAUGAAAGAAUGUAUUUACUUACUAAGCUUGGAGAAUAUCAAGAAAAAUUUAAUUUAGUAAAUAAAACAGGCAAACCUAGGCGAUGUGAUUAUUGUCAUAAUUUGACUUAUUCUAUUCAGAAUUGUGAGCAAUGCAUUCGCGAUUAUUUGAAAAAACAAAAAUGGACUUCUGGUGACGAAAAAAUUGACAGAGCAAUUCAAGACGCUCAACAAAAUGCACUCUGUUCAUACCAAAUUAUUGAGUGGAUUCCUUAUGAAGAUCUUGAAGAUGUCGAAUAUUUUACUCAAGGUGGUUGUGCUACUAUUUAUAAAGCAGUUUGGAAAGAUGGCUGGUAUGAUACUUGGGAUAAUAAAGCAAAAAAAUUGUUAAGGUAUGGUAAACAGCUAGUUAUUUUGAAAAUGCUAAAUAGCUCUGAUAAGGAUAAGAAUAACCUUGAUUGGUUUGAUGAGGCUUUACACCAUUUCACAAUUGAUAAGAUUGCUCAAUAUCUCGUCCCUUGUCAUGGAUUAACAAAAGAUCCGAAUACCGGCAAUUUUAUGCUAGUUUUAAGACAUAUGAUGACUAAUUUACGAAAUUUCCUACUUGAAAAUAAUUCUACAAUUACCUGGGAACAAAGAUAUGACAUCCUUUAUGAGAUCACUUCCUGCUUAAAUGAAAUUCAUAGAAAGGAUCAUGUUCAUAGAGAUUUACAUUCUGCAUUAGCUGUCGUUAAAGGAAUGCGCCCCCAAAUAGAUCUUAAUAUUCCACAAGAAUAUGCGAUUCUAAUGGAGCAAUGUUGGAAUGCAACUCCAGAAAAUAGACCUGAAGUUUUAACGGUUUGGAAAAAAAUUCGAGAACUUAGAAUGAAACUUAUUGAGGCUAAAAGUUAUGGAAUGUUAGAAGAAGAGUUUCUUGGGAUACUUCCAAGUUCUACCAAAUUAGUAAAGGGCAAAAUUGUAUCAAGAAGAUGUUUUAGUAGUCUUCACACUUUGACAAAUAUUUCAGAGCCAAAGAAUGCUUCAAGAGUUGAUAGUGCACAAUUGGAAUUAUCAGUUCCUGAUUACGAAGAAUCAGAGGAUGAAUUAGAUAAUGAAUUAGAAUCAAACUCCAGAUUUCAAGUUUUUUAA